CAGCUUUCCCCUCGGUCGUUUGAGAGGCGGUGCACGUAGCCGAAGUCGUCACGCCAUUGUGCGAGAUAGUUUCCCGAGUGUUUUAGUCUUACUUUAUUAAUAACUCUGUUCACUGGCUGUCUUAACUAUUUACUCAACCUCUCUAAAAGUACCACAGAACAAAUACCAGUAUGGCUACGGACUCGUGGGCUCUCGCUGUGGAUGAACAAGAGGCGGCGGCCGACUCGAUAAGCACCCUACAAAUUAAAGACACACUAGAGGAAAAUGGAACUGCUGGCAGCACUGUCAACAAAACAGAAGAGAGCAGUACAGCAGCCAAGUCGGAACCAGACGCCCCAACCAAGACAACAGACGAGGAUGAGAAAGAUGACAAAGCGGCUCAGUCACUGUUGAACAAGUUGAUACGGAGUAAUCUGGUCAACACCACCCACCAGGUGGAGGUUCUUCAAAGAGACCCCAACUCUCCCCUUUACUCUGUGAAGUCCUUUGAGGAGCUACGACUUAAACCUCAGCUCCUUCAAGGAGUGUACGCCCUGGGCUUCAACCGACCCUCAAAGAUCCAGGAGACAGCCUUGCCCAUGAUGCUGGCAGAGCCUCCACAGAAUCUCAUUGCCCAGUCACAGUCUGGCACAGGGAAAACGGCUGCAUUUGUCCUGGCCAUGCUCAGCCACGUCGACCCCAACAAGAAAUAUCCUCAGUGUCUGUGUGUGUCGCCCACCUAUGAACUGGCCCUUCAGACCGGCAAAGUGAUAGAACAGAUGGGGAAACACUACCCUGAGGUCCAGCUGGUCUAUGCUAUCAGAGGAAACAAGUUGCAGCGGGGCAUGAAGCUCCAGGAGCAGAUCGUCAUCGGCACCCCGGGGACCAUGCUGGACUGGUGCAUCAAGUUUAAGUUCAUCGACCCCAAGAUGAUCAAGGUGUUUGUGCUGGACGAGGCGGACGUCAUGAUCGCCACGCAGGGCCACCAGGACCAGAGCAUCCGCAUCCAAAGAACGCUGCCAAAGGACUGCCAGAUGCUGCUCUUCUCCGCCACCUUCGAGGAGUCAGUCUGGAACUUCGCCAAGCGCAUCGUCCCCGACCCAAACAUCAUCAAGCUGAAGCGCGAGGAGGAGACGCUGGACACCAUCAAGCAGUACUACGUGCAGUGCACCAGCAAGGAGGAGAAGUUCCAGGCCCUCUGCAACAUCUACGGAGCCAUCACCAUCGCCCAGGCCAUGGUCUUCUGCCACACGAGGAAGACGGCAGGGUGGCUGGCUGGGGAGCUGUCCAGGGAGGGCCACCAGGUGGCGCUGCUCAGUGGGGAGAUGCAGGUCGAGCAGAGGGCUGCUGUCAUCGACCGCUUCAGGGACGGCAAGGAGAAAGUGCUGGUCACCACCAAUGUGUGCGCACGAGGUAUUGAUGUGGAGCAGGUUUCCGUGGUGAUAAACUUUGACCUGCCGGUGGACAGGGAAGGGAACCCUGACAACGAGACAUACCUGCACAGGAUUGGCCGCACAGGCCGGUUUGGCAAACGGGGAUUGGCCAUCAACAUGGUGGACAGCAAGUUUGCUAUGAACGUCCUCACCAGGAUUCAGGAGCAUUUUAAUAAGAAAAUAGAAAAGCUGGACACUGACGAUCUGGAUGAAAUUGAAAAGAUCUCCAGCUAAAGACUGCAGGGACAACAUGACUCUGAAGGCCUCCUUCCGCUCAGAGGACUGUACCUACCGCUCCUGCAGUGUUUUAUGCUUUUACUUUGUAUUUUAUUUUAGUCAAGAGAUAUAGCUACAAACACAGCAUUAGGUUUACACGUGGAACUGUUUUUAUCUCGGGCGGGUGUUAUUUUAUGUCUGUGGAACAGCACGCCCCCAUUUCGCUCAAUAAAGUAUGUAAGCUUUUGCACCAGUCGCAGUGUGAUGCUGCAAAAGGCUGCCCUAGUGGGCUCUGGGUCACUGUGCACACAUUGCGAUCCCCUUUCAUGUGCUUGCUACAGUGAGACAUGUCCUUUGUUGUACUGAGAUUGUUUUGUUUUAUAAUGGCUUGAUUCUGAAGCAGCCAAAACUGGAGUACAGCUGAUCUAGUGGUGCCAAUGUUAUUAGUCCGUUGAAAUCAGGAACAUAUUACUUCUGAAUGUAAUCCAUAUCAUGUUAAGACUUUGAAUUGGUAAGAUGUAAAGUACGAAGGGUGAAUAUGGGUAUGCUGUAGCGAGGGAGAAUUUGAUUACCUGCCAUCGACUAGGUAAACUUAAGCAAGCGGUGGUCUGGUUUAGGGUCUAUGCAAAUUUUAAUCAUGUCACUCCAUAUUCAGAGCAUUACAUUGAAAACAAAGACCUCAGUUUUAGCUUACGUUUGGCAUCAAAAUGUCAGGCACUGUUGGUACCUCGGUUACCAGCGCUGCAUUCGUCUCUCCCUGUCAUGUUGUGAAUAUCUUAACCACUUUCGGUUGGGCUAAGGGGGUCUAUGGGAUUUAUCAAUCUCCUUUUAAUCAGGGUUAAUAGUGGAACUGGUGAUCAACUGUAUCUCUCACACUCACUGUGCUCCACGCAUCCACUCAUUCUUAAGGAUUGUACGGUGGACAAAAUGGACCUAAUGCCUUCAAGUGCAUUUUAAAUGUACAAUUUUGUAUUUGCCAUAGGAAGACAUUGGGCUUGAAUUCUUAUAUAUAUUGAAAUGCAGGCAGUUUAGGAUGUGUGAAUUGUGUGUCGAUACCAAAUGUGUAUUUGGCUAGAGUACCACAGGCCCUACAGGCUGAUCAAACUGUCGCUCCAAACAUGUUUGCAGGAGAAGAAAUGUGUACUUAUGUACAAAUUUUAAAAGAAAAAGUUAAGGUCAAAGGUGCGGCGCAGUUUGAUGCUUCCAAGAAGUGAGAACAUUCCUUUCGACGUAGAAUUUAAAAAGAAACUCGGCACUUCCUGGUCAAAGUGAGAGGAACACAAUUUAUUAGUGAUACAAAAGGCGUCCUACGAUGUGCUUUGAUAAUUGUCAAUUUAACUUAAAUACCCUACAAAACCUCAUCUUUAACAGCGGCACCAAGAAGCACACCGAUAGUAUUCUGAUCUGUGACCGGUCUGCUUGACAACUUGUUUAAAAUGUGUAAAUAUAUUCCUUGAGAUGAAUUUAAAUUGUAGGCAAGUGGUUAUAGAAAAUAAACUCGUCUAAAGCC